CCGCAACAUUGUACAACUAAGGAUAACCUUAGAACUCGUCAAAAAGGAUUCAAAAUAAGCGAACUCCCAAAGACCUUCCAGGAUGCCGUCGUGGUCACUCGUGAGCUUAGCGUCCAGUAUCUUUGGGUUGACUCGCUUUGUAUCCUCCAAGAUUCAGACAGCGACUGGGAGCAAGAGUCUAUACGAAUGGAACAGGUAUUCGCCUCGGCAUAUUGCACGAUAGCUGCAACAUCGGCUGAAAACUCCGACGCUGGUUUUUUGGAUAAACCUGUAAACAACCAGGCUAUCUAUGUUCAACAUCAACCAGGGCAAUAUACCUACGUCUCGGCAAAUUUAGCAGACUUUGACAACGAUGUUAAUGAAGCCAAUAUUAACCGUCGAGCCUGGAUAAUGCAAGAGCGAUUGCUCUCACCACGAACAAUUCAUUUCAGUAGGAAUCAAAUAUAUGGGGAAUACGGGAAAGGGGUCUACGCAGGAGAGAAUAUCUUUCUAAUGUGUGAGCGUGAAACGCAGCAUUACUUCAAGCUUGACCCGCAAUUUCCGGAUCGCCUUCGUUCUUCGAGCUUUGAUGCCAUCUUGAAAUUACUUCAAUCUUUAAUCGAGGAUUACACGCAGUGUGACAUAUCCGUACCAACCGACAGAGCCGUUGCUAUCUCAGGGUUGAUGCUCCGGAUCGGAAAGUCGCUACCAUGUUCGGUACAUCACGGCAUUAUUGAGUGGUAUCGACACAGAACCCUUCUUUGGCAACGGUCGCCGGGCCCUAAGACGGGGAAGACGGGAAGGAUUAAGUACACAUCUUCUAAGGUGCCUUCAUGGUCUUGGAUGGCUUUCGAAUGGCCUGUCGAAUUCGUGCACGAUAAAUAUGGUGAUUUGGAUCUGAUCAACGGCCUUGAGCUCAGUACCCAAAACCCAACCGCCGCUGUCGAAUACCUGAUGGCCACUGUGUGGGAGUUCGCAGACAGUGGUAUGACGAUCGAAGAGAAGAGCGAUGGUGUGCGACACGAACUUGUAGAUACGAUAGGGUCGAAGAAAGGAUGGAUCAAUAUUGGUGAGGAGGAUAGCCUUCCCACGGUACAGUGCGUAGUUGUUGUUGCCAAGCGAAAGAGGGUCCAUGUGGAUGGCUACUUGUAUUUUGUGUUGUUUGUCAGGCCUUUCUUGAACCAGGAUGGAUACGAGCGACUCGGGAUUGGUAUGCUCCGGAAAGACUGUGGUUUGAGGCAGAAGGUGAAGAAGGGCUAUAUAUACUGA